AUGCACUCUCGCUCCCUGGUCUCUGGGCUUCCCAGGUCUCUGCCUGCCCUCCCUCCCUCGCCUGCGCCGCCCUGCAUUCCCUGCGUCGAGGGGCGGCAGCGCGCCGCUCCUCACUCCUCCUCGUUUCCUCCCACAGAGGCUCCGCUGCAGACGCUCCACCUGGACGUGUGGGGCCCAGCCCGCGUCCAGGGGCAGGGCCGCGAGCGGUACUUCCUGCUGGUUGUCGACGACUACACGCGUUACACCACGGUCUUCCCCUUGCGCAGCAAGGGUGACGUCCCUGCUGUUUUGAUCCCCUGGAUCCGCGCUGUUCGUCUCCAGCUCCGCGAGCGGUUCCAGUCGGACUUUCCCGUCCUGCGUCUGCACUCUGACAGAGGUGGUGAGUUCACCUCCGACCUCUUGCGAGCCUUCUGUGAGGAGCACGGCAUCACCCAGUCGUUCACGCUUCCGGCCUCUCCGCAGCAGAAUGGGGUUGUUGAGCGCCGCAUUGGCUUAGUCAUGGAGGUCGCUCGUACCUCCAUGAUCCAUGCGGCUGCCCCCCAUUUUCUGUGGCCGUUUGCGGUCCGGUACGCCGCGCGUCAGCUCAACCUCUGGCCCCGUGUCUUCUUGCCGGAGACCUCGCCCACACUGCUGUGGACGGGGAAGGUUGGCGAUGCGUCGCGUUUCCGGGUCUGGGGUGCUCGUGCCUUUGUCCGCGAUACCACCGCGGACAAGCUCUCCGCUCGCGCCAUUCCCUGCGUCUUCCUUGGUUUUCCUCCUGACGCGCCUGGCUGGCAGUUUUAUGACCCCACCUCGCGCCGUGUCUUUGUGUCUCAGGACGUCACCUUUGACGAGUCCGUCCCCUUUUACCGUCUCAUUCCCAACCGCACUACCCCUCGCCCCCUGCCGCCGCUCGCUCUCGCUCCAGCUCCUUCCCAAGUAGACCCCCUCCCCGCGCCAGGUCCUGCUCCUUCAGGUGUUUCUCAGGUGCCUGGGGGUGCGGAGCCUGAGCGUGCGGAGCCUGGGGGUGCUGAGUCUGGGGGUGCGGAGUCUGGGGGUGCUGAGCCUGCGCGUGAGGAGACUGGAGGUCCUGCGCCUGGGGGUGCUGUGUCUGGGGGUGCUGAGCCUGUGUGUGCGGAGUCUGGGGGUGCUGAGUCUGGAGGUGAGACGCCCGAGGGUACUGGGACUACUGGUGCGCGAUCUCCUUGGAGUGGCCUCCUUCGUCCGCGUGUGCCUCUCACCUCACAGCAGCUGCACGACUGGUACGGUCGCCAUCAGGGUCGCGCUGCUGGAGCCCGGGGCUCUGCUGCUGGAGGUACUUCUGCUGACGUCCCUGGAGCUAGGAGUGGUGCUGGUACUUUGUCUACUGGAGGUGCUGGAGUCGCUGGUCCCGGAGGUGCUCGUACUGGAGGUACUGGAGCUGUUGGGGCUGGGGGUGCUGCGUCUGAGGGUGCCGCUGUUGGAGGCACUGAGGCAGGAGACCCUGGGACUGGAGGUGCUGGUUCUGGGGGUACUGCUGCGGGAGACACUGCGGCUGGAGACCCUGGGACUGGAGGUGCUGGUUCUGGGGGUGCUGCUACUGGAGACACUGAGGUUGGAGACCCUGGAGCUGGAGGUGCCGGUUCUGGGGCUGGAGGUUCUGGAGCUGCUGGAGCUGCUGGAGCUGCUAAAGCUGCUGGAGGUACUGGAGCUGCUGGUGCUGGUGCAGCUGCGCCGACACGACUGUUCUUCGCUCCGCCGUCUCCGUCGUCUCUGCCGCCGCCUGCCUCUGUUCUUCGUCAGGUUCUUCCUUUCCCGUCGUCUACUGGUCUUCUGUUACUACCUGGCUCACCGCUCCUUGCUCCUCCUCCUUACACUGAGCAGCCCGGUGGUCUUGCUGAGCGUCGUGAGCCUGCGUCGCGUCCUGUCUCGCCUGUUCGUCCUGGUCGUACCGGUCGUCGUGUUCCUCGUCAGCGUCCACUGGUUGUCCCCGGUGCGCACCUCGUCGCCCUUCGUCCCUCCUCUGCUCCGCAGCGUGUUCCCCUGCCGUCCCUCCCUGCGUCCUCUCUACCUGACAUUCUAGACUCUGAGUCUGACCAGUUUCGUGCUGCGCACCCUACUGUCACGCGUCUGUUAGCCACUGUUGUCACUGACUCGUCGUUUGAGUCUGCUGCUGCGUCUGCCUUAGUCGCUGAGCUUGUUGACUUUGCUGCUGCCUGUCGUCUAGACUACGCCGCUAGUCUUGUUGCUGAGUCUGAGUCUGUCUGUCCUCCGUCCAUCGGGGGUGAGUGUGCUCUUGGCACGGACGUCCUUGAGGACAUGCACGAGGACCUUGAGUGUCUUGCAGCCGCUGCGCCUCAUCUCGUGGCCAUGCUGCUUGCCCCUGAGGGAGAUCCGGAUGCACCAGACAUCCCGACCCCGCGCUCUUACGCUGAGGCGAUCGCGGAUGAGUACUCCUCUCAGUGGCAGACAGCCAUGGACGCAGAGAUGGCAUCCUGGAAGUCCACAGGCACUUACGUCGAUGAGGUUCCCCCUCCUGGGGCGAACAUCGUCGAUGGCAUGUGGAUUUUCAGGGUGAAGCGGACGCCAGGUUCUCCGCCUGUCUUCAAGGCUCGUUACGUUGCUAGAGGCUUCAGUCAGCGUGAGGGAGUUGACUUCUUUCAGACCUUCUCCCCUACCCCGAAGAUGACCACUCUUCGGGUGCUGCUGCACGUUGCCGCUCAGCGUGACUACGAGCUUUACUCUCUUGACUUCAGCACAGCCUUCUUACAGGGCAGCCUGCACGAGGAGAUCUGGAUGCGCCGCCCACCUAGCGUCACUGAGUCGACUACACUUGCGGCUCUUGGGUUCGCUCCUUCGACUGCUGACCCGUCGCUGUUUCUGCGCACCGACGCUUCGCUGCCGCCGUUCUACAUCCUUGUGUACGUCGACGACUUGGUCUUUGCUACUGCUGACACUGAGGCUCUUGCUCUGGUGAAGUCGGAGCUGCAGAAGAGACACACGUGCACAGACCUGGGUGAGCUGCGCAGCUACCUUGGCUUGCAGAUCACCCGGGACAGAGCACGCCGCACCAUCACAUUGACUCAGUCUCACAUGGUGCAGCAGGUCCUUCAGCGCUUCGGCUUCACCUGGUCCUCCCCACAGCCCACUCCGCUGGCUACAGGUCACUCGCUCUCAGCUCCACCUUUGGACGAGUCCGCAAAGUCGAGUGGUCCUUACGCGGAGCUAGUGGGCUGCCUCAUGUACCUGAUGACCUACACUCGACCUGACCUUGCGUACCCUCUUGGCCUUUUGGCUCGCUACGUGGCUCCUGGUCGGCACCGAAAGGUGCACAUGGAUGUUGCGAAGAGGGUACUGCGCUACUUGUGCAGUACAUCGGGCAUGUGGCUCGUGCUUGGAAGACGGAGCGCCGUUGUCCUCACUGGACACUCUGACGCGUCUUGGGUUGACGACCAGGCUACACAGCGGUCGUCACAGGGUUACACCUUCAGCCUUGGCUGUGGCUCUGUUUCGUACGGAGCGAGUUGGUCCUAG